UUAUCAGAGAGACCCUGAACAACUGACAGAGAGCGUCAAACCAUGACCUUACAGCUGAGAACCAAAGCUCGACUCUUUGACCUGCACUGCUCUGUGGGCCUGACGGACUGGGACAUGGACAAGGAGCUGAAACUGGCGACGACCACAGACCAGUUUUACCACGAUGACAAACUGAAUGAUCAAUAUGUGGUCCAGAGGCCUUCUGUGAGAGCCUCAAGAAGAAAAGAUGACUUCAUUUGGUACGAUAAAACGUCAGACACGUUUGUGAAGCCAAACCUGUGGCUGCUGGUGAAUCCCAACAUCGCCUGCCCGAUCCAGUACGGAGAAAACGCAGCAGAUCUGCAGAGUCUCUCUGAACCUGCUGAGGAAAACCAAACAGCCCUGCUGGACCCUGAGGAGACGCAGCGUCAACUCGCCACAAAGCUCCACGCGUUCGCCUCCCAUGAUGCUCCUCUCCAGGAGGAACUGCUGCACUCGGUCUCCUCCUCCGCUCAGUACAUGCUCAAGACAGAUGACAUCUCCUGUCGACCAGCCAAGAACAGACGCAAGGGAAGGACCACGACGUCCCGGGACAAUAAGACCCUGAAGCCCGGAUGCUGGCCUCGUCCACCAGUGAACUACUGCAUCCUCAUCGCUUUGGCGCUCAAGAACAGCCUUACUGGGAGCCUCAAGGUCCAGCAGAUUUACCACUUCACCAGGGAGAACUUCCCCUUCUUUCAGACGGCUCCAGACGGCUGGAAGAACACCAUCCGGCACAACCUGUGCUUCAACAGCAGCUUCCGCAAAACCUGCAACCAGCUGUGCAGAGAUGGCAAGAGGAAGUCGUGCUUUUGGCACCUGACUCCCGAUGGCCAACGCCGCCUAAAGGACGAGAUCCGAACCCUGUCUGGAGAAACCUUUAAGCAGCUGGAGAGGAGCAUGUCCCACCCAGAUGUCAUACGGACUCUGCUUGCACUGUGACUGCAGUUGGAAAAGCUCUCAGAGUUUAAAGCGAUGCACAAUAAAACACAAUGUGUAAAAAGUU